AUGAACAAUACUGAUGGUAGAAAAUUAUCAGAACAAGGUUUUGAAGAAGCAUUGAGGAUGUUUUUCGAUAAUGGCGAAAUAUUUCGCUGCGAACUUAUUUGCUGUUUUAUCCAAAAACUUAAAGCUGUUUUGGAUGUCAUGGAGAAGGACUUGUGCUCUUAUCGUUUCUACAAUAGUUCAUUACUGCUUGUUUACGAGGGAGAAGGGGCGAGGUAUUCAAGAAUAGGGAAAAUGGAUUGUUUUAUGAAUCCUUCUGAUGAUAAUCAUUCUACACUUGAUGGAUCUUUAGAGCAAUGUACAUGCGAGUGCACUAGUGAACAAAUGGACAUCCGUAUGAUCGAUUUUGCACAUGUAUCCCGUGAUGAUAGUCACGCAGACAAAUCUAGCCGUGACACUUGCCCAGACAAAGGAUACAUUUUUGGACUCAAAUCUCUUAUCAGAAUACUGCGCAAGAUCCAGGAAGACCAUCAUCGAAAGAAGAAUUUAGAAUUUGUAGGUUUAACGGACAAUGCUGAAAGAGAUAGUGUCGACUCGUAA